AAUUACAAAACACGCUGUCAGUGGCGCCGGCAUUUUACUAUUUAUUACGAAAUCAAUUGUUAGAAUUAAUUAAAUAACUCAAAAGAUGAUCCAGCAGCAGCGCCAACGCAUUGAGUCCGCCGUGACGGAGAUGAUCGACGACAUGGACAAGACACACCUACGCAAAAUGCAGAACGAAAUGCACCUGUGCGCUGCGAAAUGCUGCCAGGACGACACAUCCAGCGUGGACAGUGUGCAGCGGUGUGUGGACCGCUGCUCGACACCCAUGACACGGGCCCAGAACUAUGUGCAGCACGAGCUUGGAGAAUUUCAGGGCAGGCUGCAGCGUUGCGUCAUGCAAUGCAACGAUGAUGUCAAAGUUAAAAUGCCGCCCAGUCCCAGCGAGGAUCAAAUCGCCAAGUACACGGAUCAAUUCGAACGUUGUGCCAUCCAAUGUGUGGACAAGCAUGUGGGUCUCAUACCCAGCAUGAUGAAAACGAUGAAGAAAGUACUAUCCAAAGGACCUGAGGCCAUACCACAAGUUUAAUUCGCUUUGAGCUGGUUGCAUUUAUCACAUUUUCUCUUAGUUGUUGAGUUUUUUAUUUUACAUAUAUUUUCUGGAUAUUAUUAUGUACAAAAGCUACACUGUGGGAUCACUUUAGUACACUUUCAUAGACAAAAUUUAUGUUACCUAUUUCGAUCGCUCUAAGAAAAAUACAUCAAAUCCUGUUAGAUAAACUCAAUACAUUCAAAAAUUUGAUCCUGUA